AUGAGUCGCUCUCCUUUCCGCCCCUCGACUCCCGCAACUAUGAACGCUGCCGAUAAACAAAACGGCAGCCAUCUCGGCAAACCACUUACACCCGCCCUCAGUGCUGCCUUUCAUCGCUCUCAGAAAACUCCUCUCACUCCCCGGCUAGCCACCCCCGGUGGAUAUCGCACUCCCAAACGUCUGACCCCCUCCGAACAUCCCUCGUCCGCCCCCUCCAAGCGGGAUCCCGAGCCAUCCCUGCUCAGUGCCAAUGUUACCCCUCGCUCCGGCUCCCGCAACAGCAGACGCGAUGGUGCCGUCACCUCCCCAAACAACACCCCCACGAAUGGGUCACAAUCACCACAGGUCUCCUGGGCACAACCACAUGUGGGCCAGGUGUCAAAUACGGGGCGACUCCGGACGGAGCGGAGUCCGGUUCGCGGGGGAAUGCUGGAACCAGCCAGGACAACCCGGGCCAGGACGGUGACGAUCGAGUCCAACCAUCUUUCCCGACCGAAUUCGUCGUCGGACAAUUCGUCCGGGGCACCCAUGUUCUUCCAUGCGUCGGAUGCACGGUCGACGAUUUCUGAACAGGAGCCCCGACCGAAACUGCAGAGCAAACCUUCCGCCACCACCUUUGUCUACGCCAACGGGGCACAAGAACGACAGACUGCUGUGAGUGAGCUUGGUGGUACAAACUACAAACGCCGGUCGACGGGCCUGACGCGAUCGGUGGUGUCCGCGAAACCGUCUGCGUCGCCGCGGCUGCGACCGGCCAGGGUCGACUCGAACCCGCGGCUGUCAGACGGCCCCUCCCAAGUGGGGUCCCAGUUAGACGAUUCAUUUGAAACCGGAUCUCAGGGUCACAGUCCACCGCUGAGCAGCGUAUCCGCGCGACCGAUUCCCGCCGUGCGACACAUCAAAUCGUCGAGUCUCGACUCGGCCAACAGUGGGCUGUCUCCCCCUCAGCGGGAACCGCUACGGCCAAGCCCGCUUAUCAUCUCCCCGUCGGAACCCCGGCUGGAUGCCAACAACAUUGCGUCGGAGCCACUCCCGGGUCUUCGACCGCGGGUGUUUAGCAAUGGGUCUAUUGCUUCGGUGGACACACAUAAUUCGGGGAUGCAGAGCCCGUCCAAGUCGGAAAGCGGACAGGGCAAUGGCGUCGCCCUGAAUAAUGCGCGGACGGAGCGGAAGAUCCUCGAUCUGGAAAUCAGCAACUCAUCGCUUCUCGCCAUCAACCGCACGCUCGAACGCGAGAUGCGGAAGCAGAACGCGGAGCUGCGCCGAUACCGCCGCCUCAGUCGCUCGGGCCGUCUAUCCAUGGCGCCGUCCAGUCGGUCCGUGUCGGACGCUCUCUCGAUCCCGGCUGAGAUCACGGAGGGCAGCGAACACUCGUCGGUGCGAUCACCGGAAGAGCUGUCCGACUUUAGCGACGAAGAAUCCGUGGAUGACGGAGUGAUCAGUCCCGACUCGCAGGCCGACCCGGACACGCAGCAUCGGGCGCGAGACGAGAAACGGUUUCUGAUUGAUCUGGCAAAACACCAGGAGCUCCUCGCGGACAGUCAGCGAAUGAACCAGAGCCUGAAGCGGUGUCUGGGCUGGACGGAAGAACUGAUCAAAGAAGCGCAGCGAGCUCUGGAAUACAAUGUGCAUGUGAACGACGUGCAACUGGGCGGCCGCGUGCUCAACCCGGAAGAGCUGCACGAGCUAGAGCUGCGCGAGCUGCGCGAGCUCGAGGAGCAGGGACAAAACCCAUUCUUCGCGCCCUCACACCCAACCACCCCCACCACGGGCACCGGCCUCUCAUUCAACACCCACCUCACAAACUCCCCGGUCCCUUCCACGCCACUCAAAUCCGGAUUGACAUACACCCCCUCCCCCAACUCCCUAAAUCCACCCUCCACCACCUCCCCCGGACACCUCCACACCUCCGUCACCAAUCUCGCCCCAAACGGCGCAAUCUCAUUCAACCGAAACGUCCGAUUCCGCGGCACCUGA